AAAAUCUGAGAAAGAGACAGGAACGGUGAAGCCUUUCGGAGGUGGCAGAGGAAGGACACAAUAAAUAGGAGAAACAGAAUGAAACUGAGAUGUGUAAGAGAAGAGGACAAAGAGGGCUGGAGGAGGUGAGAGUGACAGAGAGUCUGACACGAAAGGAAGAAAAAAAGAAGAGAUCGAGACUGUGUGAUGCAAACAUACCUCCAGACACCCCUCUCCACUUCCAGUGACACCAGAUGAGAAACAGUUUGUAUCCUCGCCUCAAACCAAAAGUCACUUCUGGACUGUUUGGGGAAGAAGAGAAAAAGAAAGGUCGAGGAAGAGGAGUGGGAGGUGUGUUUGAGACGUCGCACAUUCAGCCACAUCCAGGCAGUAGGGGAUGGAGCAGCCCGACGACGUGAUCCUGCUACUACCUUUCUCCCUACAGUUCACGGAUCUUGAACCGCCGCUGUUCUAGCAGGAACGAGAGAGAAAGAGAGAGAGAGAGAGAGAGAGAGAGAAGAAGACACCCUCCGUUUGUGAGGCCCUCGAGCGAUAAAAGCGAGAAAGAGACAACUCGACGUGACGUGUUUGGGCAUCGCCGUGAGGAUUGAGAGCCUCGGGGUGGUUCCGAUCAUGAAACCUUACAUCUCUGUGGCCCCCCCCUCUGGCCUGCUUCUGGUCCUGAUGUGCUGCCCCCUGCUGGGCUGGGUCCAGUCCGCCAGCAGCAACAAGGCCAGCGAUAACGGACACCCACACCUGGGAGACUCGGACCCGGAGCGCUGCAUGAGGCACCACUUUGUGGAGACCAUCACACACCCCAUUUAUAAGUGCAACUCCAAGAUGGUGUUGCUGGCGCGCUGCGAGGGCCACUGCAGCCACACCACCCGCUCCGACCCCCUCAUCUCCUUCAGCUCGGUGCUCAAACAGCCCUUCAAGAGCACCUGCUCCUGCUGCCGGCCGCACACCUCCAAGCUGAAGGCGGUACGGCUGCGAUGCUCCGGCGGGACUCGCAUCACGGCCACUUACAGAUACAUCCUCGCCUGCAACUGCGAGGAGUGCAGCUGAGCGGGGGGGGGUAUGUGGGAGAGCAGCGCCCUCCCACACCUUUAUGACUCUCAGGAACCGAAUCCUCUUUCUCUAAGGCCAUCGAGAGUUCGUCUCAGUUGAUUAUUGGAUCGGAAACUCGCCCCCGGAGGACAGCGGCUCGAGUUGCUUGUUGUUAUCUUGGCAGUGAAACUUUGGAGCAAUCGCACCACCCUUUUUCACACAGACCUUAAAAUUGACCCGCAGCCUUUCGGGACUCGGACCGAACACACUAUACUCUCCGUAAUGCUUUCAAUCACUGCA